AGUGCCCGCCAUGGAGCUGAGGGAAGCCGGUGUGCGCCGCCUGGCAGUCAAGAGGCAUCUUCACAAGCACAACCUGAAGCACCGCUACGAGUUCCUGGAGACUCUGGGGAAGGGCACGUAUGGCACGGUGAAGAGAGCCCGGGACAAGCAGGGGGUUGAGGUGGCUAUUAAGUCAAUCCGCAAAGACCGUAUAAAAGAUGAACAGGAUAUGCUACACAUCCGAAGAGAAACGGAGAUCAUGAGUUCCCUCUGCCAUCCUCAUAUUAUUUCUAUAUAUGAAGUGUUUGAAAACAGCAGCAAAAUAGUCAUUGUAAUGGAGUAUGCAAGCCAAGGUGACCUGUAUGAUUAUAUCAGCGAAAGGCAGCGGCUCGGUGAACAAGAGGCGAGGCGAUUCUUCAGGCAGAUUGUGUUGGCGGUUCAGUACUGUCAUGCGAAUGGGAUUGUGCAUCGGGAUCUCAAGCUAGAAAACAUUCUCCUGGAUGAAAACAGAAAUGUGAAGAUUGCAGAUUUUGGCCUAUCCAACAUUUAUCACUCGGACAGCUAUCUUCAAACCUACUGUGGAAGUCCACUGUAUGCCUCUCCAGAAAUAGUCAAUGGCAGGCCAUAUGUAGGACCUGAGGUUGAUAGCUGGUCCUUAGGAGUUCUGCUCUACAUUCUGGUCCAUGGUUGCAUGCCCUUUGAUGGACAAGAUUACAAGAAGCUAGUGACUCAGAUCAGCUGUGGUGCCUAUAAAGAGCCAAGCCACCCAUCUGAUGCAUGCGGACUUAUUCGGUGGCUUCUAAUGGUAAACCCGGAGAGGCGAGCAACCCUAACUGAUGUGGCCUCUCAUUGGUGGGUGAACUGGGGAUACCAACAACCACUUAUUGUACCAGAGUCAACCAAAGACUCCCCAUUUUCAUUUGUUGGUGGAUGGCUUCGUAAAUCCUCCCGUCCUUUGUGGGACAAUGGCUCUAAGAUGCGCACGUUUUUACGCCAACAUCUUCCAGGAGCAACAGUUACCCGCCAACGUUCACUGAAACGAUCAAAGAGGGAAAAUAUGAGUCAGGUAAUUGCACCUCAGGACUCACAAGAAAAGCCUCCUACGGUGCCACCUGCCCCUAAAAAAGGUAUUUUAAAGAAGCCUCAGCAGCGGGAGUCUGGCUACUAUUCAUCUCCUGAGCAAAAUGAGUGUGCAACGAUGGGAGAGAAUGAUGCACCGCCAUCUCCUGUAUUUACUGUUCCAACAAGUAUGGAAGAUUUGAAUACUGGUACAAGUGGAGAACCAGAGUCUGCUACCAAUGUGGUUAGGAAAGGAAUUCUCAAGCGCAAUGGAAAGUUCUCUUCUGCUGGGGCAGCACCUGAGUUGUCUUUUGAUGCUGUAGACUGUUCUUUAAGGAAUGAAAAAUUACCUUUGGGCCCGCUAGCUCGUGACAAAGUACCAUCUACUGUUAGCCAAGAAAGCAUUCUUUCUACGGAGUCUUUUGAGUUACUGGACUUUACCACUCGAUACAGAGAGCGUCCUAGAGGCAAAAAUAGAGCUAUGAGGGCUAGUGUCUCUGCUGAAGAUCUUCUGAAAUUAGACACACAUGAGGACAAUGAAAAGGAUGGUCCAAGACUUUGGGAUAUGGGGUGCUACCGGUCACGGGUAGCAGAGAGCUGUCUGUCGUUAGGUGUGACAGAGGAAGAAGCAAUGCAGGUUUACAGGACUGCGGUGCUCAUUGGUCGAGAGCUAAGUUAGGCUACCUACUGUGUAUACCUGCUUCCAUAAGGAAUCUUCUGGAGAGAAAGGAGAGAGGUCGAGGAGGCCUUACAUGAGACUCUCAAUGUUGCCUAACACAUGAUUGAUGAUAAAUGUGAUGUUACCAGCAUUGCAGAAGGAGUAUGUAGUACUUUAAAAAACUGCAUGGCAACAACGGUGACUUUCUCCAUCUUUUGCACUGAGAGUCAGGGCACGUGAUGUGUUGCAUAGUUCAGGUUUAAUCCCUACAAGCUGCUGCCUUACUGUGAGCCUACAAUACAAGAGACAUACUGUAUUUGUUCACAUAUUUACCUGUGCAGGCACACACCUUUUUUGUAUAUUUAUUUUACUGUACACUACAUCACAGUUAUGUAUCCAUAGUGGAUGACAAAGACUUGAACUUAAUUUAAUAUGUUUUGGUUGAAAUUUCCCUCUCUACCUGAAAAUACUGCAAUUACCAUGUACUACCCCAGUCUAUAUCCAAAUACAAAUCAAAGGAAAUAUAUUUGCACAAGUUAAGGACUGCAAUGAAAAUAAACUUGAUAGCACUAAACACUGAAAGAGGUUGGAGAAUGUAACUCCAAAGAGGUUAGAGAGAUGUCCUGUAGAAGGUAGUGUUAUUUGCACAGUGUUUGGUCUUGGCUCGUAGUCCGGCUUAACAUUUUUGUAUGUGUAAACAAGGUGUGUGUGUUUUAUAUGUGUAGCCGUGCGUGCCCACGUCACCUCGCCACUUGACAUAGAUGUGUUUUUUUUUUAAGGGAUAGAAAAACAGUCUUAAAAUUAAUUAGGGAGGAAACAUGCCAGGAGCAAAUCAACUCAGCCCAACAUUUUUUUUUUUUUUUUUUUUAACUUAACAUUAUUAUAUUUAUUUUUGUAUUACUUGAAUUUGAAUGGUUUUUGGUUUGUUUUCCUGCCAAAUUUUGAGAAGGUAGUAGAAAAUUUUGUAUUUUUUUUUUGUUGUUGUUGUUGUUAUCUGAGUCUACAUACUUUCAUCACAACCAAGAAAUAUUUUUCACCUUGUGUUCCUCAGAGGUAUAUAUUACCAUUUACCCUGGAAAUUAUGCAUUUUCCCCUGCGGCAGUUAGGAAUUCAAGGAACAGCGUAUUGUUUUUAUUUUUUUAUGGUUUUGUUUUAUACGGUAGAGGAAUAAUGGGUCUUUAACCCCUUUUACAUGGCUUACAGGAGAUUAAAUGGUUUAUCCAGGACUUAAAUUAAACUUUUUCCAAAAAACAGCGUCACCCCUGUCCUUAGGCUGUGUGUGGGAUUACAACUCUGCUCCAUUCACAUGAAUAGAACUGACCUGCAAUACCACACACAACCUGAGGACAGGUGUGGUGAUGUGUUUGGAAGAAAGCAAAUAUGUUUUUUCUAACCCUGGACAACACCUUAAAUUUUCCUACACAUCUUUUUAAAAGAGGAUCUGAGCAUAUUUCAAGGGGUUAUAUUUACUUAGGAAGUGCUUACCAUCUCUUGUGUUGGAUUUCAGUGUCUUUAUAUGCAAAAAGAUGUGGGGAACAAUGCUUCCCAUGUGUGAUAUUAAAGGGGCACUACACUACAAAAAAAGUUAUGAUAAAAGGAGGGAGCCUUUCAGAGAUGUCUUUGUCUUUUGAUGUUCUGUUUUCUUUAUUUUGGUCCAGAUAUUUUCAGAACAUUUUAAACCAAAAUUAA